AUGGCCAAUGAAAACGAACGAUUCUUUAUUACCUGUCACUAUGAGUUUUGCAAAGAAAGGCCUCAAUUUUUAUGUGACUGCAAGUCAGGAGGAAUUCUCUUAUGCCAAAAACAUCUCACUGAGCAUAGAACCGCUGACAAUGCGAAUAUCCACAACCCUGAAUCUUUAUAUAAUGAUCCUAAUGCUGCGACAAAAGAUUUGCUUAUUCAACUUUUGGAUAACAAAAUUCUUCAUUUUUGUGAGAUGAAGAAAAACCAGCUUGAAAAAAGUAAAGCAGCAUUAUCAGAAAUUAUUAAGGAUCAGAAUAUUUAUGUCCAAGAAUGUGACGAAAAGAUUCUGAAAUUGCUUCAAACGAAAGAAAAAAUAUGCAGCACUCGAAAAAUUUCAAAAAUAUAUCAAUCGAGAAUUGAAAAAUUCUUGUCAGCUUCUCCUGAUAGCUCAUUUAAUGAUAUUCAAAAAUGGUAUGAUGCUGAAUUCUCUAAUAAUGCUGCUGAAAGCAGUCAUAGCAGAAACCAAUUUUCAAUUAUUAUUAAGAAAGGCAAAGAAGAGCUUGCAAGCCAAACUUAUCAAAAUAUUUUUGAUAUAGAAAAAUUUGUAACCCCACAAUUAUUGAAUUUGCUUUACUGUAAAAUCCUAAUUUCAGACAUACCUAAAUUCAAAGAUGUUAAAUUUUUAGAAAAUUCUUACUAUAACAGAGAUCUGAUAUCAAGUAAGUAUGAAAUGUCUUCUUUUCUGAAAGAAUUUCUGACUGAUGAAGCAAAAGAAAUUCUAUUUUAUAUAUUAAAUUUAUCAAAGAGCCAUAAAAGCGUCGCAACAGCAGCAAGCAACUCAAUUACAAUUUUAAAUUGGUCGGGAUUCUCAUUUUUAGACCUCGAUCUCAGAGGAAUUAAUAUUCCAUUUGCAGACCUCAGCAAUGUGUCACUCAUAAAUAUUGACUUUGAAGGAAGUGACCUACAGUGAGUUGAUUUCUCAAGAACAAGCUGCUACUGGGCAAACUUCAAAAACUGUGCUCUUGAUAAUGCAAAGUUUAGCCUACGCGCGAAACUCAUCAGAGAUUUUAUUUAUCGGAGUAGAGAUUGUGCAACCAGCUUACAGUUUUCUCCUGAUGAGAAAAAUUUGUGUUACAUUGGCCAGCGGUUGAGGCCCACUAUUUGUGGUCUGGAUGAAGAAAGAUAUACUACAUUACCGCAUGGAAAUGUCUAUACAGUCUGCUUCGCUCCUAAUGGAGAGUAUAUUGCUCGGGCCUUAUAUUGGCUUAGGCUUUCCCGAUAGCUCAAUGGAAAAGGAGAAUAACUAUGCCGAUUUAAUCAGCUUUCCAAAUGGCAGAUACCCUGCAUCUCAUGGAAAAAAAAAAAUAUUGAGGACUAGACUUUGCUAGUAAAAGGAGUAAGCCAACUGCCUUACUUUUAUUGAAAUCCUUGGAAAGCCUAAGUCAUUAUCAUGCUGAGGCUAUAUUGCAUAUGGAGUGCUGAUAAAGUUGUAUAUGUAUGGGAAAUUUCAACUGAAGAGAUUGAAUUUUCGCUAA